CUUUUGUUGGCUGACGUUACUCGUCUUUCUCCUAGUUCCAACUGUGUAUUACAUGCAUCAUCGAUUAACUAGGCAGUCAUGGAAUCGCUCGAGAUUGUACAGAUAUUUCUCGUCUGCGACAGAGCCGUAUCAGGUAUGCGUUAUCGGGGCCAGCCCCGCAGGAUGUGAGGCGGCGGCUGCAUCGGCUAGAGUGGGAGCCAGGACACUAUUGUUGACAAAAAGCAUGGACGAUAUCGGUGAAUUGUCCUGUAAUCCAUCCAUUGGCGGCGUUGGAAAAGGAACCUUGGUUCGCGAAGUGGAUGCAAUGGAUGGAUUGAUGGCCAAAGUUGCGGAUGAGUCGGGAAGUAUGUUCCAAAUGCUGAACGCGACCAAAGGCUCUGCUGUGUGGGGUGCAAGGGCGCAAAUUGACCGGACAUUGUACAAAAGACAUAUGAAGAGAGGGCUCCGUGUAUACCAGCAAAACCUUAGCAUUCGUGCAGCCAGAGCUUCUGGUCUGCUAUUUGACAGUGGGGGCCACGAUCUAUCUCCUUCGCCCCGUGUUGCAGGUGUUAGACUUGAUACCGGUGAAAUCAUCCACUGCUCUAAGGUCAUUCUUUGUGCAACAAGGGAGUACCACAUAGGCACCACCUUUUCCGCUGGAGAGGACGAUUUUGAAGGUUUGUCGAGCUCUCUUAGGCGUAUGGGUGUCGAAUUCCACCAAUUACACACUAUGACCCCACCACGCCUUGAUGGAAAAACGAUUGACUACACGAACUUGACUCGUCAAGAUGGCGACGUGAGUCCGUCACCUUUCAGCUUCCUCAACUCUACUGUAGUCAAUGCCAAGAACCAACUACCCCGUUACAUGACACGAACCACUUCGUCGACACAUCACAUCGUAAGAGCUAAUAUGCACCUCAGUGCGCUUAUUGAGAUAGCCAAAGGGACACAAUACUGUCCAUCUUUGGAGGCCAAAAGUCUGCGAUUUAGCCAUAAUUCUCAUCUCGUCUGGUUAGAAUCAGAGGGUUACGACACAGAUGUCAUAUAUGCAAAUGGGCUCGCCUGUACUCUCCCAGAGGAGGUGCAAGAACCCAUCUUACGGACAAUUCCUGGACUUGAAAACGUGAAAAUGAUUAGGCCUGCUUAUGGGAUGAAGUACGAUCAUCUGGAUCCUCGGACACUAACAGCAACACUUGAGGGGAAGCACAUAAAGGGUUUCUACUGCGCCGGAAAAGCCAUUGGCACACCUGGGUAUGAAGAAGCUGCUGCACAGGGGAUCAUCGCAGGAACCAAUGCAGCACGGUCAGCACUUGGGCGUGGGCCGUUUCUUCUGAAAAAAUCUGAUAGUUUCAUCGGGGCACUUACUCAUGACCUUAUCACGGGGGGUGCCAAAGCACCUCAAAAGACGCUAACUUCAAGAGCGGACCAUCUAUUAUUCCUUCGACCAGACAAUGCUCAUAUUCGUUUGACAGAAAAAGCCUAUGGUGCUGGUGUAGUUUCUAGGAAUCGAAUGGAGUUACACCGUCACUUGCUGGAGACUUAUAAUCGUGUUCUGGGCAUUCUAAAACAGUGCGUACGUACCUCUCAAAGCUGGCGUGAUCGAGGUCUUUCUGUUGCGCACUGCGGCAAGAAGAAAAGUGCUUUUCACAUACUGCGGCUCCCGUUCGUCUCGAUGGGGGACCUCAUGCCAGAGUUGCCGUUCCUAAGCAGUGUGGACCCAACGCUGUUGAAAGUCAUAGAAAAUGAUGGGAAAUACUCUCCACAUUUGGCCCAGCGAAAACUCGAUAUGAAGGUCAUCACUAAAAACGGGCUCGAUCCGAACCUGGAUUACAGCAAAUUGGACGCGGCGAUGAAAAGACGGCUGUUCUACGGAGACCGACUACAACAAAAGGCACGAAGAGCCAACUUAGGGGGAUGGAUGGAUGUUUAUUCUGGUUAUCGUGUCCCUGAGAAGGAAGCCAACCAGAGUCCCUACUACACAUAG